AGAGGAGAAAAAACUUUCCCUCGCUCUUCCGUCCCUUUUCCUGUGUGCCUCCAUUCACCUUCAUAGCCGGGCAAGCUGGAGGCUUGAACAUUUUCUCUCUCCUCUCGCGGCUUGGCUGGGUGCGAUCUUUGCAGUGGCUGCUGACGAGGUUCGGUGUGUUGCUGGUUCCAAUAACGCCUUUCAACGUUUUCGUGCUCCACACAAUAGUAUUGGGUAGCUAAUCGUUCGACUCAGGUUCGACGCUUGAUCCUUUGUGAGGACUCACCAAUACGAUAGCAAUGGACCCCUGGCCCUCCUACUCGACCGAUUCUACGGCGAACCGACAGCCAAGAUACGCGAACAACGUUCUCCAGCAAAAUCCUUCCCCGCAGCACCCCCGAGAUCACAACCCCCCUCAACACCCUCCCCCGUCGAGCAUGGCUGCGGCGCCCGGGCCGGGCACAACACAACAGCCUUACCAGGCUUAUCAUGCCACGGGAACAGGACCCUCAUCAACGCAGCCGGCCCCUGCCACACGCCUAGAUAGUGCCUCGGAUUAUGUGGAUGUGCAAAUGCCUGACGUCGAUCCCUAUAGUCGGGCCAAGUAUCAACAACAGCCUCAAAGUUCUCGACAGCCCUAUGCGUCUCCCGAGGAGUCCGCACCUCAAAGGUAUACUGCGAUUGGUUCAAACCCUAAUCCUCAAGCUGGUUAUAGCUCUUCUGCAUCGACCCAUUCAUUACCUCAGGUUAACUAUCCACCCCAAAUGGCUGCGUCUACAUCUUCCUCAUCGUAUCAGCAAAGACAAUCUCCGUCAAGAUUGAAUUAUACCAGUAGUUCCCAGUCUUACUACGCCCAGCAACAGCAGCCUCCCGCAGCCUCCCCUCGUACGAGUGCACCCCCGAGCAUGCAGUCAUAUCAGCAUCAUUUGCAACAGUCGGGCUCAGGCUCCUCAGGUUUGCGCAUUAAUCUCCCAAGUUGUGUUCCAUUUUCACUAAGCCUCUGCUGCUAGGCUCCGAUGCAAAUAACGGGCGUUAUUUCCCCUCAUCUGGCUCUUCGGUACCGCAAGGAUCUAUGUACGACCAAAUGCACACCGGACAUCACCAAUCCGCCCCCCGGGAACCCCCACCAAGAUUUUCCAGGGUCACUGCGCUGAAUGACUUGAAACCGCAUACAAAUUCGCAGCCCGCCUUCAGAAGAGCUCACCCUGAGGGUGGAUUCAUUAGCGUAUGUGGGCUUAUAUAUCACAGCGCCAUUAGUGGUCCGACUAACGUGGGAAUGUAGCCUUUGCAAGCGCUGACAACCCAUCUCCCCGCUACGUACCGUAUAUGCAAUCCUACUUUCAAAUACGAAUCCUCUAGGAAUCCUCGGCGAGUCCUAACCAAACCAAGCAAGGGUGUGAAGAAUGAUGGAUACGAUAAUGAGGAUAGUGAUUAUAUACUCUACGUAAACGACAUUCUUGGGUCGGAGGAAACGAAGUACGCCCAACCUAGUGCUCGUUUCCAACUAUGUAGAGGAUCGGCUAAUGCAUUUGUUAUAGGAACCGUUAUCUUAUUCUGGAUGUCCUUGGACAGGGAACAUUUGGUCAAGUUGUGAAAUGUCAGAAUCUUAAGACACAGGAGGUUGUCGCGGUAAAAGUUGUGAAGAACCGGACGGCGUACUUUAAUCAGAGUAUGAUGGAGGUCUCUGUCCUUGAUUUGGUAAGGGAGAAAUUACAUAAGUUACUCUCUUUGGGCAAUCACACUGACCGGAUGGCAACACUAGCUCAAUAGCAAACUAGACAAAAACGACGACCAUCACAUCCUCCGCCUCAAGGAUACCUUCAUCCAUCGCCAGCAUCUUUGCCUUGUUUUCGAACUGCUCAGCGUCAACUUAUAUGAAUUAAUCAAACAGAACCAGUUUAGAGGCUUGAGCACAACCCUUGUUAGGGUUUUCGCCCAGCAGCUGUUGAAUGCUUUAUGUCUCCUUAAUAAAGCGAGGCUCAUUCAUUGCGACCUCAAACCGGAGAAUAUAUUGUUGAAAAAGUAGGUCUCGCUUAUCAUUACCUACUGUUACUCGGGAAAGUCAGGUUCUGAUUCUCCGUGUCACUCACUAGCCUGGAGAGUCCGAUAAUAAAGGUCAUAGAUUUUGGCUCCGCAUGUGACGAGAGGCAAACAGUUUAUACAUACAUCCAAUCCCGUUUCUAUCGAUCGCCUGAAGUUUUGUUGGGACUACCGUGAGUGGAUUCUUCACUCCAAAGUAUAUGGGUUAACGUUCUGCAGGUACUCCUCGUCAAUUGAUAUGUGGUCACUUGGAUGCAUUGUUGUGGAGUUGUUCUUGGGUCUCCCACUCUUCCCAGGUAGCUCUGAGUACAACCAGGUGGCGAGAAUCAAUGAGAUGCUUGGGAUGCCCCCAGUCUGGAUGCUUGAGAUGGGAAAACAGGCUGGCGAAUUCUUUGAAAAGGUGCACGAUGAAUUCGGGAGGAAGACUUACCAGCUUAAGAGCAUGGAGAAGUACUCUCGAGAGCACGGGACGAAGGAGCAGCCAAGCAAGAAAUACUUCCAGGCAACCACACUGCCCGAAAUAAUCCGUCAGUAUGCAAUGCCUCGAAAAAAUAUGAAGCCAAUUGAGAUCGAGAGAGGUAUGUUUCCCUCAGCAUUUUCAUGAUUUGGACACUGACGCGGGUUGAUAUAGAGAUGAACAAUCGAAUCGCCUUUAUUGACUUCGUUCGGGGUUUGCUGAAUAUCAAUCCAGUAGAACGAUGGUCCCCACAACAGGCGAAGCUGCACCCCUUCAUCACCCAACAGAAGUACACCGGACCUUUCAUACCUCCUAUGAACCUUAAAUCACCGCCACCAAAGUCCCCGAUGUCUGGCGCUGAGCAGCAGCAGAGGGCGGAGCAAGCAAUGAUGCAAAAGCAACAGGCAGCAAUGCAGGCCCAAGCGCAGGCACAAAUUCAAGCCCAGCAACGUGCUCAACAGGCCCAGCAAGCCGCCCAUGUCGCUCAGCCCAAUUACUCCGCUGUUUCUCUUGGGAAUUUCCCUACCUCAUCGGGACAUCCGCAACCUCCCACCGUCUAUAAUAAUGCUUACAGCUCGACACAACAGCCUAGCCAGCCUCAACAGCAGGCGCCACCGGCCUAUACAACGAGCAGUACCCAGUAUGGGAAUCAACUUGGUGUCAUACAGCAGCAACAGCAGCAACAGCAGCAACAGCAACAGCAGCACCAAGGAGGGCAAAUGUCUUCAACCUAUGGCCAGGUUUCUCAUCAAGCGCUCUACACUCAGAACCCCAAUCGGGCAGCUCGCCAACGCUCAGCCACGAUGGUUGACGGAGUCCCUCCCCAAAUCCAAAGAGCCGCCUCGAUGAUGGAUCCCACACAACCUAUCCGUCUACAACCUAGUCCGGCAUAUUUCCCGCCUCCGCCCGGAGGUAUUCCCGACGAACCCGGCAAUGGGAGGGGACGGCAACAGAACCGUGGAGGGCAGUACAGGAACCGCAAUGUGAUAAGGACUUUGGAAGACCGUACCUUGGAGGAUGGGCUUUUCAAUCAACCUUGGGGGUAAUUCCCUCGGCUUAGCAGUGCAUCUCCCCGGUUUCAUUUGUUCCUGUUUGCUCUGUUCGCUGUCUUGUGGGUGGUUAGUGGAUUUGUUUUGCCUGCGUAAUCGUACAGCCUUUCCUCCUCGGCCCAGCCGUGGGCGUAUGGAUGGCGAGUUCACAACAAGAGAGCGCUCUGGAUUCACAUUAAAAAAAAAAAAGUCCCUUGUGUGGGAAGAAAAAACAGGAACAGGACAGCCACGCGCAUCCGAAUGGAUAGGGAUUAAUGGAGGUUAAAAUGAAUCGAAGGAGACGGCGUGGAAACAUCAUUUGUAAAAAGGAGCCUCUUUGGUUCCUUCAAAAGAUAGUUUUUCCUUUUAUAUUUACGAUUAUCCUAUGCUCACGACUAACCAGUUUCUCGUUGUAUUGUUUCGUGUUCUUUCUUUUAUCUUCCAGUUUUAACGAAUUUGAGGAGGCUUUGUUUUUUUUUUUUUUUUUUACCCCUUCAUUUCUCCUCUUCUCUUCCUUUCUAGCUGCUGAAAACGGAUUAUUUUGGAUUGGGUGGAUGGCAUAUGGCCUGGGUGCUUGAGUCGUUGCGAGUGAUUAUUUGUGAGUUGAGAUGGUGAUCUUGUGAUCAGACAAAAAUGACCACAGCGCUGUCCAUGGUUGUUGUGAAGGUGUUGUACGAUAGGCGGACCCCAUUUUUUAUCUUCUUCAUUUUUCAUUUUUCAUUUUUUUUUUUUUUCAUUCUCUUCUCUCGGUCUCGAGGGAUAGGGAUUCUUUAAAGCACAUAUGCAGGCAAAUAUAUGUAUGAAAUACAUGAA